AUGUCGGAUAAAACUCACUCGUUAGCCAUCAAUACAACAAAACGGCUGAAGGACUUACAUAACUGCGUGAACUCACUCAAUACACUAUUUAGCGUAAUUCCUUCAGAAGAUUCUCACCAAAGUGAAUAUGUUGGAGCCUGUGACGCUCGGAGGGCUUUCAUUUCUGGCUUCACGGGUUCUGCAGUAUCUAAUGAUGCCGCUGCUCUUUUUACGGAUGGUAGAUAUUUUCUUCAAGCGAGUAAUCAAUUGGAUAGAAAUUGGCAAUUGAUGAAAUUAGGUUUGCCGGAUGUUCCCACCUGGCAAGAAUAUUUGGUGCAAAAUCUUCCAAAAGGUUCGAAAAUAGGAAUUGAUCCCACACUAAUUACCGCACUUGGUUCUAGUUUGAUAGCUAUUAACCAGAAUUUAGUUGAUUUGGUAUGGGGAGAUGAAAGACCUCUACGUCCCGUAAAUCCAGUUAUGAUAUUAGAAGAACGUUAUACUGGAUGUUCGCAUACUGAAAAAAUUGCAAACCUUCGUGAAGAAUUCAAAGAAAGUUAUUAUGGGUUUGUUGUAUCAGGUCUUGACGAGAUUGCAUGGCUUUUUAACCUUCGUGGCUCAGAAGUCGAUUAUAAUCCUGUCUUCUAUUCCUAUUCGCUCAUCACUAAGGAUGAAGUAGUUCUUUAUAUUGAUGAUCGUAAAUUAACCAAGGAAGCCAUAGAUCAUCUUGGACCUGAUGUUAAAUACCAACCUUAUGAUGCAAUAUUCGAAGAUGUACAGAGACAUUCUGUCAAUUUGAAAAAUAAUAAUCAGAAACUCCUUAUAAGUACACGAACAAGCUGGGCUAUAGCUAGAGCGGCUGGUGAAUGCAAUGUUGAAGAAACUCGUUCACCGAUCACUGAUGCCAAAGCAGUCAAGAAUGAAGUUGAAUUGGAAGGCAUGAGACAAUGUCAUUUAAGAGAUGCCUCAAACGGCAAAUCAUUAACUGAAAUUGAUGGAUCUAAUCGACUAGCUCAAUUCAGAGCAGAACAAUCCGAUUUUGUUGGUCUUUCCUUCGAUACUAUUUCCUCAUCGGGUCCUAACGGGGCUAUUAUACAUUAUAAACCAGAGCCAGAAUCUUGUGCUGUUAUUGAUCCAAAUCUUUUAUACUUGUGUGAUUCUGGUGGUCAAUAUAAAGAUGGAACCACAGAUGUGACACGUACAGUUCAUUUUGGUACACCAACUGAACAAGAAAAACGAGCAUUUACUCGUGUUCUUCAAGGGCACAUUGCUAUUGAUAGGGCUAUUUUUCCUAAAGGAACCACUGGAUAUUUAUUAGACGUACUUGCAAGAACUUCUCUAUGGAGGGAUGGGUUAGAUUUUCGUCACGGAACAGGUCAUGGUGUAGGAUGCUUUUUGAAUGUUCAUGAGGGUCCUCAUGGUAUUGGCACUCGUAUCACAUACAAUGACUCGCCGCUACGAGCCGGUAUGACAGUUACUAAUGAACCAGGUUACUAUGAAGAUGGUAAAUUUGGAAUUCGUAUUGAGACUGUCUUACUCGUCAAAGAAGUAGAUACACCAAAUAAUUUCGGUGAUCGAGGUUAUCUCGGAUUCGAACAUAUAACAUUUGCACCUAUUCAAACAAGUCUCGUGGAUGCAUCUCUAUUAAGUCCUAUUGAGCAUAAAUGGCUUAAUGAUUUUAAUGCUGAAUGUCUACGAAAAGUAGGACCUUUAUUGAAACCAGGUAGUCUAGGACUUCGUUGGUUAGAACGAGAAACUGCUCCAUUAAAAUAA